AUGCCCAAAUCAGACUUUGAUUUUACUUUCAAAUUUUUUCAUCCACCGCACCGUACUGUACCCUUUCGGAAUGGUCUUUUGGAUACACGUACCAAACAUACAAUAGCACAAGAUCGUCUUGUUGUUGCUGAACAACGUCUUAUUGAUGCUGAACGACGAAAAUCUACAACUAGUAUUCAAUUACUUGCAUUCGAACAAAAACGACUUGAAAAACGUUUAGAAUCACUUUGUAGUAAUUUAGACUCGAAUUUUACUAGUCGACCUUUAAAAAUGCGUGGUCGUUCGACUAGUGAAGUUAUUUUCCGUAAUAUACGACGAACAAGCUCGUUGGCCGGAUCAUUAGCGAUCCAUAAUCCAAAAUUAUCUGUAAGUUUAUAUAGUAGCAAUCAAAAUCUAUUAGCACUACCAAAACUUGAUGAUAUUGAACGACGUUCAUCGACAUAUUCUGAUGGUGAUACGACGGAAAAUACUUUUUCUACUAGCGAUAUGGAUAGUGGUGAAGAAGUAGAACAUAAAGUUAGAAAAAAAACGAAAACUAAUCGUAAAAUCACUUAUUCUAGAAGGAUAGUAACAAAAAAGAAGACACUUCCAAAGCUUGUUUUUAAUCAAAAUAAACUAUCACUACCUAUUGUUGCUGUUAUUCCACCUGAAGAAGACGUGUUAUUUCUUACACAAUAA